AUGGGCAAGGAAACCCUUGAUGCAUCGGUCUCACACGCCGAGAGCUACGAUGUCGAAGCCCGAGUUCCCAGCAAGGGAGUUCACGAUACCACUGACCAGGCACGUCUUGGUGCCGAAGCCGAACACAACCUCCCUCCUCUUCAAGCCGUCCGAAAAUACCCAUGGACUGUGUUUUGGUGUCUCGUCGUUUCCAUGUGUGUUGUGAUGGAAGGAUACGAUACCAAUUUACUUUCCAACUUCUACGCCUACCCUGCUUUCGCAAAGAAGUACGGUCACUGGAAUGAAGAGACGAACAACUACCAGCUUUCUGCUCCCUGGCAGGCUGGUCUGGGUAACGGUGCAGGUAUUGGUGCCUUUUUCGGUACAUUGCUCAAUGGAAUGCUUGUCACCAAGUUUGGUCACAUCAGAGUUCUCAUUGCUUCAUUGAUCGCCCUUACCGCCUUCAUCUUCAUUACCUUCUUCGCACCCAACACCACAGUGCUUCUCGUCGGUCAGCUUCUCUGCGGUCUGCCUUGGGGAGUUUUCGCUACCACUGCCCCUGCGUAUGCCUCAGAGGUCCUUCCCAUGUCUCUUCGCGUCUACAUGACUAGUUGGACCAACAUGUGCUUCAUCAUUGGCCAGCUCAUCUCAGCUGGAGUUAUGGCUGGUCUUGUCAACACACCGGCACCCUGGGCCUACCGAAUCCCUUUUGCCCUACAAUGGUUCUGGCCUGUUGUCCUCAUCCCAAUCCUCUGCUUCGCUCCCGAUACACCCUGGCAUCUGAUUCGAAUCGGAGACCACGACAAGGCCCUCAAGAACCUCCAACGCCUCCGACCCAGCGCCACCGACGACGAACUCCGAGACACUCUCGGUCUCAUCAUCUAUACCAACAACCUCGAAGAGAAGCUGUCAGUUGGUACUUCAUACAGGGAUUGUUUCCAGGGCUUUGAGCUUCGACGAACCGAGAUCGCGAUUGUUUGUUUUGCCGGUCAGAUUUUAUCUGGUCUGUACUUUGCAUACAACUCUACAUACUUUUUCCAACAAGUUGGACUUGACUCCACUACUACCUACCAUCUCAAUGUUGGUGGUAACGGAAUGGCUCUGUUCGCUACCAUUUUGUCAUGGAUCUGUGUCAUGCCAUAUGUCGGACGACGUACAGCCUACCUUUAUGGUAUGUUUACCAUGGGCGUUAUUCUCUUCAUCAUUGGAAUCCUCAAUACCCGCACCGAGAACGACAAGAUUGGCAUGGCUCAAGCUGUCUUAACACUCGUUUGGACAUUCGUCUUUCAGCUCUCGGCUGGUCAACUCGGUUGGGCUCUUCCAGCUGAGAUCGGUUCCACACGACUUCGUCAGAAGACUAUCUGCUUGGCCCGUAACGGUUAUGCUAUCAUGGCUGUUAUUGCUGGUGUCCUUCAACCCUACUUUAUGAACCCUACUGAGUGGAACCUCAAGGGUUACACCGGUUUUGUAUGGGGUACUACCGCAUUCCUGGUCUUCGUUUGGGGCUACUUCCGCCUUCCGGAAACCCGCAACCGAACCUUUGAGGAGCUCGAUGUUAUGUUUGCCAAGGGUGUUUCUGCGCGCAAGUUCAGUUCUUAUCAGGUUGAUUCGUUUGACGAGGCACAUGAUGCGGUGAAGCAGUCUGAACGAAAGGCUUAG